AUGGACUCGUUCAAGAGGGAAGUGUUUACUGAAAUAAAGAACUAUACGUCGCAGAUAGAGGAAUUCAGGAAAGCUGGACAAUUCUUGUCUGACAAAGUUGAUAAAUCAAAUACUUUAAUUGCAAGUAUUAGGAAAGAAUACUCCGAAUUAAAAAAGGAGAAUGAAAUUAUUAAAUCUGAGAACAGAAAGCUUAAUGAAAAGGUAUACAUACUAGAAGACAAAGUCAAAGCUAUGGAACAAUAUUCAAGACGGAUGAAUUUAGAAAUUAGCGGAAUACCGGAGACUAAAGGGGAAAAUACGUUAAACUUGUUGAAGGACGUUGGAUCAGCAGUUGGAAUAGAAUUACAUGAAUCUCAAGUGUCGGCGGUCCAUCGCACACCGACUUUUAAAAAAGACCGUCCUCCAUCAAUUGUUGUACAAUUCUUUACUAAAAUACAGAGGGAUGCUUGGAUACAAUGCUUUAGGCAGAAAAGAACUCUAACGGCAAGCGAGGUGCACCCAUCAUUCUCCAAGAACCGAGUUUUCAUCGGUGAACAUAUGUCGCAGGACAACAAGAUCUUCCUGGCUCAGUUGAAGAAGUGCAGAGACGCAGGCUUUAAGUAG